AUGGAGCCUCUUGUUGUCCGACGCAAGCUUGCUUCUUUCUUCGCGGCAACCCUCGGGUUGGUUGCCACCACGGUCGUGUCCAUGAUCGCUGGGUCCGCGGUGCCGACAAUGUACGGAAGCACGCAUAUUUUUGCCAGCGCCGUAGCCCUUUCGCCGAACGGCCCUUCUGCCUCGACACCACCACCCGGCCCCACUGGAGGCCAGUCCACAGUGCCUGCGUCACCGGCACAAACUUCCGCAAGCAGCCAGCCUCCCGCUAAUGAAAACUGUCCCGCCGCUCUCGCCCGUACCCGCGGCUCACGCGAGGGCAAGGCAAAGGCGUCUCGGCGGCGUUCGGGGGGAUUUCUGUGUGAAGGCAACAGCGGCCAAGCCAGUGUAGAGGAGGGAGAGGUCAACUUGUGUGGCUCCGUGGUGCUUCACGACGAAGAGAGCCAAGAAGCUCAGCCAGCGUGCCCAGGUGCGCGGCGGCGGGCGCCGUCAAGAGACGCGCGACCUCCGACAGACUUUGGACGCCGUGCGCCGCUCGCCUUCGCGUGGGGGUGGAAGAGGGCGCAAGACAAGCUCCCGCAUCUUCUCGCAUUUGUUGGGGAAGAGUGCGAAUACUGCAGAAGAAUGCAAGCUGUCGAGAAGGCUGUGGAGGCUCUUCUGUCUGGCGUCAAAAUUCACCGCCUGGAGGUGUGGCAUAACGCGCUCAACUUCGAGCUGCUGCAAGAGCUCGAUCGCGGCGGAAAGUGCGGUGGCCUCCCCUUCUACUUCAACAUGCGAACCCUCCAGUGGAUUUGUGGAGCGACCACAAAGACUAAUCUCCUCGCGUGGGCGGCUGACCAACCGUGCAGGCCGCACGAACCACCGGCGCUGCAGGCAGAAGAUUUAGAGGUGCUCAACCGACGCACAGGAGCGCUGGCGCGCAUGAUGAGACGCGUCGACAAAAUGCGACACGACAGCGAGAAGGCGGUGCACCAGACGCUUCUGAAGCAGCGACAGGAGCGCGAGCGCGAGGUGGCGGAAGAACGGAGGCGUCAGCGUGAGCGUGAUCACCCCUCGAAAAGGAAAGAGUGA